AUCGCUGUCCGCCGCGAAACUCGCUGCCAGCCAUCGAGCGCCGAGUCACGCCAAAGUGAAGACGACUUUUGGAACCAAAACCCGAGUGUCAGCCGUGUUGUUUUCCCGUCACCGGUUUGACCCAACAAAAUGGCCGAAGGGAGACGUUGCAUCCUGUCCAUGCUGGAGGCGACGCUGGCCGUCCUCUUUGCGGUCAUGACGGCCGUCAGCGUCACUCUCAUCGCCAUGACGGCCACGCGCCCCACAACCACCUGUCCCGCCCCGACUCCGCCCCCCAGUCCAGAACCGACAUUCCGGAUUGGAGUCGGACGCGCCGACUGCACCGGACCGCCCGCCGAACUCCCUCUGAUGGGCUACGCCAACCCUCAGCAGACGGCUGCGGGCAUUCACACCCGUUUGUUCAGUCGCGCCUUCAUCAUCGACGACGGCCGCCGUCGGGUCGUCUUUGUCACUGUGGACGUGGGAAUGGUCUCGCAGAGGUUGAGGCUGGAGUCGCCCUUCAGGUAUGAAGACGACGUGGACAGGGACAUCGUGCUUCUCAAGUUCACCGAUGCGGACGGAGACGGCAUCGGCGUGCUCAGCUGGUUCGCCGUGCACGCGGUCAGCAUGAAGACGACCAAUCGUCUGGUGAGCAGCGACAACCUGGGCUACGCCUCCUACCUGAUGGAGAACCACAAGAACCCCGCGGCGCUACCCGGACAGGCAGCUUUCAUGGCUGCUUUCUCCUCCAGUAACCUCGGCGACGUGAGUCCAAACAUCGAAGGUCCUCACUGUGUCAACUCUGGAUUAGCCUGUGACUACUUGAACAGCUCGUGUCCUGAUGGAGGGACGAAAGAGUGUCAAGCGUUUGGACCCGGAGAGGACAUGUUUGACAGCACCAGAAUCAUUGGACACAACAUCUUCAGGAAGGGUAGGGAACUUUACGCUGAUGCGGUUGAGGAAGUGACGGGCUUCAUUCAUUCAGCUCAUCAGUGGGUCAACAUGACGGAUGUCACGGUUUUCAUCAAUGAUACACAUGCGGUGAGUACAUGCAAGCCGGCGCUGGGUCACAGUUUUGCGGCAGGCACCACAGACGGAGGAGGAGACCUCAACUUCACUCAAGGGGCGGUGGAGGGCGACCCAUUUUGGGACGGCAUCCGCGACACCCUCCUGGGCCGGCCGUCCAAUCAGACGCAGGAAUGUCACCAGCCCAAACCGAUCCUGUUCAGCACGGGAGAGAUGAACUGGCCGUUGCCAUGGCACCCGGAAAUCAUUGAUGUGCAGAUCGUCACCGUUGGAUCUGUCGCGGUUGUCGCUGUUCCUGGGGAGAUGACCACCAUGGCAGGCAGAAGGUUGAGGGAAGCUGUACAACAGGCACUUCAGUCGAACGGAGCAUUCUCGGGCGUGGAUGUGGUGAUUGCAGGCCUAAGCAAUGUGUACACACACUACAUAACCACAUAUGAGGAGUACCAGGUUCAGAGGUACGAGGGCGCCUCCACCAUCUACGGCCCGCACACGCUCAGCGCGUACAUCCUGAAAUUCGGCGACUUGGCGCGCGCCAUCGCUCGGGACCAAGUUGGGUCGCUCCCGCUGGGUCCGCCGCCUCCGUUCUUUCAGAAGAAUCUUUUCAACCUGUUAGCCGCAGCGGCGACUGACAGGAAACCGGACAACAGCAGCUUUGGAGACGUCCUGCAGCAGGUACUUCCCAUCUACAGACAGGGUGACGUGGUGUCCGUCACCUUUGUGGCAGGAAACCCCAGACACUCGGGAGACGUGAGAGACCAAAGCUUUGUGGCGGUGGAGAUGCACGACAACACCAGCGACACCUGGACGCUGGUCCACAGCGACGCGUCGUGGGAGACCAGGUUCAGCUGGGUGAAAGGCUCCGAUCGACAGAGCAACGCCACGGUGGAGUGGCACAUCCCGACAAACGCCGCCGCGGCGUCCUACAGGAUCAAACACUUCGGACACUACAAGAGCAUGAAAGGCCUGCGACCGGUCAUCACGCCCUACCAGGGCACGUCCGACGUCUUUCGGGUCAUCGGCACUUUUUACUCCUCGUGAGCACUUGAGCGUCUUUGGAUGCAGCAAUUGCGACUCUCUGUCACUUCAUGCCAAUUAAAUCACUUUGGAAGCAAUCACGCCUGCAAGCUUGUU